AUUUUUCUAAAUAUUUUCGCUGAAUUGUAUAAGUGCAAGUCAGUCAGUUCUCUAAUUUAUGGAUUAAACUAUUUCUUCUUCAGUAAAUUCACCUGCCGUGCUUUUCUCGGUUCACGUAGGCCAAAAGUCGUCUUUCUUAGCCAAAAGGUUAACAUAUAGUUUUUUACAAUUUCAUGAAUCGCAAUCAUUAACAAUUCGACUUUUUUAUUGACAAAAAAACCAUUUCUUCAGUUAUAUGCAUUGAAAAAUAAUUUAGUUUUAACAGAAAAACAAAUCGAAUAUUUUUAUUUAUUCGCAGUUUAGGCUGGCACAAUUUUUUUUUCAUAACUCCAGGUAUGAAAAUAACAUUCAACGUCCGGAAAAUUCUACUUUUGAACCGCUGGUAUAGUAAGAUGUUAAACGUUGAAAAUUCAUAUAUUAGCUCUGGGAAAAACAGAAAAUCUCAUUCCAGAAAAGUCGAUAACGUCGCGCGCCCGGGGUCUUUCUUUUUUUGUCUGGGAAAAAAUAAAGCUCCAGAGUACGCAUGGCGUUAUCGAUUUUUCGGGAAAUGUGAAGUUUUGUUCUUGAUUUGAUUGAGAUAAUAAUGGCCGAUAAUUAUUCAUUGCACGUCAAUAAUUGAUUACUUCCUUUCGAAGAUGUGAUGUAUGAUCUCGGCUAGAAUCGAACAAUCGAAGAUACACUCUUUCGAGCAAUAAAAUCAUUAAAAUCAUAAAAAGUCUCAAUUUUCACAAUGCGUUAAUGGAAAGUUUCAAAAGCAGCGCUUCAUCCCCUCUUUUUCGUAUUAAAUCCCGGAGUCAAAGUGGCACUUGCUCUCGCAGCAUCUCUGCGCGAACCACCUCACCGGCGAGCGAGCACGUACUGUGUCGUAUAUACUCGUACUCACACAUGUACAAUGCACUGGGGCAACCCGCACCAGUAGAAGAAAGUAAUACGUUUAUGCGCGCGCACACGAUGAUUCCACUCUCUCCCCGUUCUCCGCCCUCUUUCUCUCUCUACAGUCUACCGUGUUUAUGCGGCGGCUGCAGCACAAGUAAAGCUGAAAGCAGCAGGCGCACUGCGCGAAUAUAAGAAAGAAGGCGGCGAAUAUAGCGAGGCCCCGUGUGCGCUGCGUCGCUCGAAUGAACUACAGUCAGCCGUGUCAGGUACACACUUUUUUACGGUCGGCCAGUAUCAUGGUUGAUGGCCUGCCUAGCAGUACACACUCUGCGGCGCUUCUCUCUCGGAACUGCUCCGAAAGUACUUAUACUACUACUACUACUCAUGCUACUGCACUACGGUUGUAGUCGAGCACGAUUACGAUCUCUGUGAUCCCAUCCAUAUAUUCUUCGACUACCGUUGCUGCUGCUGCGGCUGCUGCUGCUGCUGCUGGUGUGCAUGUGUUCCUCUCUUGUGUGCGUGGUGGUGCUGUGUGUUUAUAUGCCGUUCAGCCGAACUACAUCGUGAGAAACUCUCUCUCUCUCUUUUUCGCUCGCGACAACGUGAGAAGUUGUGACUCGGUGUGGAGCUUUAAUCUCUCUGCACGGCUUGCUGCCCAUUGUUGUUCGUGUGUAGCAGUAGCAGCAGCAGCUGCAACGGCAGCAUCAUCAUCAUCGUCGUCGUGUCGCGCGCCCCGGCUUUACUCGCGCGAAUGUCAAGGCAUCGUCGACGGCGGAGCUGCUCCAGUGUCUGCUAAGCGCUGCUGCUGCUGCACACCACCGCAACAACGAGAGUCGCGGGCCCGCGGGAGGAGAAUUUCGCCCACGGAGCAGCUCUCUGCUCUCGGGGUCAGAGCCCAGAAAGGAGAAAGACGACAGUGUGCUGCUGCUGCUGCUGCUGUGUGCCGCGGCACAUAGCUGCAUGCACCAAAACUGCUGCACGCGUGCGAAAACAUGGAGAAUUUGGGCCAAUUGAACGACGAGCCGUACCUCGACAAACUCAUCGACCUCAAGAGCCUGGACAGCGUGGCGUGCGAGAACUUCGAGGACCUCAUGGCCGAAGUCACGAUGGGCUUCGUGUUCGACAUGCAUCGCCAGCACAAGAGUGGACAGACGGAGUGCGAGGAAGGCAUAGCAGACGAAGGUCCUUACACUGUCGUGGACGUGCCUGGGCUGGACGUGUUCGGCCAGCCACUGACGAGAAAGUCGCCGGACUGCAGCUGUCCGAACUGCGACCGCACCGUGUCGGCGAGUCGCUUCGCCACGCAUCUCGAGAAGUGCAUGGGCAUGGGCCGCAACAGCUCGCGCAUCGCGUCGCGCCGCAUCGCCAACAGCUCCAAGGAUCUCUCCACCUACCAGGGCCUGGCUAGCGAUGACGAGGACGACGCCGACUGGAACGCCAACACGGAGAAGCGCAACAAGCGUCGCAAGGAGCGCAACGGAGUCAAGAAGGUGAAGAAGACGAGCCGAGUGAGCACGCCGACGCUCAAGAACGGCGGUGGCAGCGGCGUUGGAGGUGGAGGUGCCGGAGGCAGCAGCACCGUCACCAAGUCCGGCAGCUCGAGUCGCGAGAACUCGCCGACGACCUUCGAGGCCAUGUCCAUCGAGGACAAGCGAAACCUGCUCAGCCAGAUCUGCGGCGUCGUGUCCGAGCACACGAAGAAGCUCUGCACGAGGACGAUGCGCUGCCCCCAGCACAGCGAGGACCAGAGACGCGAGAUGCGAGCCAGCGUGGAGGCCAAGUACAGCAAUGGGGGCGGCAGCGGCUCCUCCAAAGACCCCGGUAUGCACGUGGACAUCGACGGGUUCGAGGAGGCCGACAGCCGCCACAUUCGCGAGAGCCUGACGCGCUGGGAGCAGGAGGGCUCGAAUCACUCGAGCCCCGCGGACUCCGCGUCCACGACCUCCAGCAGCAGUCGCAAAACCAAGAAGGGCAAGCACAAGCAGCAGCGCGUCUCGCCCACGGGCAUGCACGAAUGAUCUGCCGCUGCGAGCAGCUUCCUCUUUAUUGUUACUGUAGCAGCGCGCGAGUCUUUUUCGAGUGGCCGUUGUCGAGAGAGCGAUCGGCAUUUUUUUAUAUACACCUGUAAAUAUUUACAUUAAAUUGGGGCUGCGCCCUCGGCUUU